AUCUUUCGCUUCUUUGGUUAAGUUUAUUCUUAGGUAUUUUAUUUUAGGUUUGAUUAGAGUUAUAAAUAAUACUGGGUCAGAUAUCUUUAUGUUUGAAGAUGUCUCCAUAUUUGGAUUGUUUCCAUAGAACUCUUUCCUAGAAAUGCUUUUUCUAGGUUUUAGAGGCUGUGAUUAUUUUUAGGCUCCUGACAUAUUGACACCCACCUAUGAAGAAUCUUCAUGACCCACAACUAGUGUUUCACCCAGGGCCCUAGUCACUCCGUGACUGUUUGAUGAAUAGACAAAUGACUGAAACAUGACCUCAUACUUUGUUCCUCCAGCCAGGAAUUCCUUAAUUCAGUCCCUUGCAUCUGGGCGUGGGGGGGGGGUGGCUUGUGCCACCUUCCACAGCAUGAGCACGUCUACCCUGUCCAUGAGAUUAGAGCAGCUGAGGAAGCACAGAGUGUUAGCUCUGUGGGAAGGAAUGGGGCUCGAGAGUCCAUGCAUAGAUCAGUGCUUAGGAGAAGGGACCAGCUAAGAAUAGCACUGUGUUGACACACACCCCUUUCCUCACACUCACAGGAGAAACCAUUUCCCCACAAGAAGCCAGAAGAAGUCAUGAGUUGAGAGCUGAGACUUAUAGCUCAGAGAUGCUAUUCUUGGAUAUCCUGACCCCCUGUGGUCACCAGGGACCCUGAGUUGUGCAACACUCAGCUCGACCACACCACUAUGCUUAAGAAUUUCCCUCCUCACCCCCGGAUUCCAUUUCCCCAUCCGCCAGAGCUGCCUAUAAAGAGAAGGGGAGAUGGCUUCAGACUCCAGAAGGACACAGGCAGCAGCGAGUGCCCAGUCCACUCUUGGCUUUGCUGACGCUCGAGCCCACAUCCCAUCAUCUGCUCAGAAUCAUGAAGGUCUCCAUGGCUGCUGCUGCCGUCCUCCUCUGCACCAUGGCCCUCUUCAACCAGGUCUUCUCUGCACCAUUUGGUGCUGACACCCCGACUGCCUGUUGCUUCUCCUACGCCUCCCGGCAGAUUCAACGCAAAUUCAUAGUUGACUAUUUUGAGACCAACAGCCAGUGCGCCAAGCCAGGUGUCAUCUUCAUAACCAGGAGAGGCCGAAAGAUCUGUGCCGACCCCAGUGAGGCCUGGGUCCAGGACUAUGUCACGGACCUGGAGAUGAAUGUCCAAGCGACCUCGGUGGGCCCAGUGGGGAGCAGGGGCCCGAGCCUCGGAACCAUCCCUGUGACUUCCACAGCUACCUCAUGGUAGCUAUGGGCUGGUUGUUGCCAAACAGCCACACUCUGGGACUCUUAACUUAAAUUUUUAUUUAUUUAUAUUAUUUAGUUUUUAUAAUUUAUUUUUUAUAUCACACUGUGUUUGUGACUAUUUGCUGUAAGGGAUCCCGGGACACCUUCUUUGCCACCUGUCCUCUCCUUUGUGCACACUGUGGUUGGUGACAAUUGAGUCACCAACUGUUUGCUGCCAUCAGUCUGUCCUAGGCAGACACGGCACCAAAGCCACCAAACUGACAAAUAUGUAUUGUAUGCUUUUGUUCAGCACUGUGAUUAAUUAGCCCAGGGAAAUAAUAAAGAUGCUCUUUUAAAAAAUAAA